AUGGCAGCGUUCAUGGUACCAAAUAGAGGAGAUGGAGACGAUCAAGCCCGCAGCAUAAUAAGACAAGAAACGGGCGACAAUGGGGAAGCCAGAAACCAAGAACAGUAUAGUAUGAACAACUAUUAUGCAGAAGGACAAAUUGUAUCACUCAGACAGAACAAUUUAAACAUAAAUCCAAGACAAGAUCAAUAUUCUGAAGAUGAUGGUUUACUACAAAGAUUAAGACAGCCACAACCAAAUGAAGUAUUGUUACGAAAUGAAGUUGCAGCUCUCCCACAAAGAUUAAGAGAGCAACUAUCAGAUGAAGUCAAGUGUUUGAUGUGUAAGAGUAAUAUCCGUGACGCCGUAAUCAGGGACUGUGGACACCUGAUAUUGUGCCAAAAAUGCCUUCUUAAAUUGGUUCACUGUCCGAGCUGUGGGAGAAAAAUCCGAGCAUGGAGUGUGGCUUCUUGGUUUUCGUAAAAUUUUCUUC